AUGUCAGUCAACAACUUCAACCCCGAAGAGGCCGAGAACCUCGAGGACAUCGAAAAGCAGUUUGCCGUCAAGGCGGUGCACCACCUGGAGACGUACUGGAAGCUGCUCCACGCCGUCAAGGGCUCGGAGCUCAAGCUCACCAAGAUCGACGACCAGAUCAUGACCCAUCUCAUCACAGUGUUCCCCGAGUACCUGGAUCACGAGAAGGUGCGAGUGCUGGACGAGAACGACAUGAAGUCGCCCACCAACAAGCCCAAGUGGAGAGAAUUCAUGAACACGUACGAGAACAUCAUUGCCGACUACAACUUUGGCACCAUUCUGCGAGUUGAUGCUUCCAAGGGCUACACUGAGACCAACACCAUGUUUGUGCCUCGAAUGCAGUUCCUGGCCAUUGAAAUUGCUCGAAACAAGUACGGUCUCAACGACUGGGUCUACCAGUCUGACGCCUAA